CGGUUCGGCCGAAAUCGGAACUCGGAACGCCAGUUUUGCCAUCUAACGGUACCUAUCAGGAGAAGGGAUCUGGGUUUUUGUCACGCCAAAACCGUUUUCGGAAACCUUUUCGUCCUUUUACCGAGUUUCAAAUGAUUCCACGCCGUUCUUCGCUUGAUUAUUCUGGAUCGCCGUUUGUCGUUCUUUCAAGGACUGGUUCGGUUCAGCGCAGCCUAUUUGAGACUUAAAUGGAUAAAGAUUGCGUCUCUCGAGCCCGUGAGAUGCCCUGUGGGACACGCAGUGAUAUUUUCCUCUUUAUUUUUACUUGAUAUACGGUGUUUCGGAGAGGGAUAAGAAAGUUGCGUCUCGAAGCAUCUCGAAUUUUCGAGAGGCGUCCGAGGGCUUGCUCGGUGGCACGCGGAUACAGGCUGUGAGAAGACGAUGACGUCGCAAGAAGCGCGAGACUUUCGCAUGGCAUACGAAAUGCACGAAAAGCUGAAUUGCUUAGGCGUGACGGAAAACGCAGUCAGUCUGAAUAAGAUGGAAUUUAAGUAAAUGUUUGAAAUUAGAGAGCAAAAAAGAAAGAUCUAAUGCAGUCUAGUACAGGAAUAGAAAAUAAAACUUAGAACAAUGUUCAUCACAUACAAUUUUCAUUGGUUGAUCAAGCAUUGGAAUUGAUCGAUCCUACUCCUAAUAUUCACACCCUGUUUGUACAAUUCAAUGCAAGAUUCUUCAGAGGUAAACUAGCUUCGGUUGAAGUCAAAUGGAGCAACAGAAUGAAAUGUGCUGCUGGAACUUGUACCUUUCGCACGAGGAAUAGAGAAUGUGUAAUUUCACUCAGUGCACCAUUACUUAAACUCAGACCAAGAAAGGAUCUUGUAGAGACUUUAUUACAUGAGAUGAUUCAUGCAUAUUUAUUCUUAACAAAUAAUGAUCAGGAUCGUGAUGGUCAUGGACCAACUUUUUGCAAUCUCAUGCACAAAAUAAACAAAGAGGCAGGAACCAAUAUAACAAUUUAUCACGACUUUCAUGAUGAAGUAAAACUGUAUAGACAGCAUUGGUGGAAAUGUAAUGGACCUUGCCAACGCAAACCACCAUAUUUUGGGACGGUUCGACGGAGUGCGAAUCGUGCACCCGGCCCGAAUGACUUCUGGUGGCAGGAACAUAAAGAAAAAUGUAACGGUCAGUUUAUAAAGAUCAAAGAGCCAGAGAAUUUUAAGUCGCGUUCAAAACAAAAUAAUAUAUCAAAACCGAUAUCAACGGACAACAACAAACCAAAUAGAAGCAUUACCGAUUGGUUCUCAAAGAACAUUCCGGAUGCAGCUAAACCUUCAUCUUCAAAAACUCCUAGUAAUAACGACUCCAAAUUAUUUACUCAAGUAGAUAACGCUAAGCCUAGUACUAGUAAGGACAAUGGUGGUACAAAUUCGUCUCGCGCUGUGAAUGAGAAAGAUACUCAAGAUUUGUCAGUGGGAAUGAAGAAACUUGGCAGCAGUAGUAAUAAUGUGCACGGUUGGGGCAUUAGUGGCCCAGGUGAAAACGUAAAAUCAGAUAACUCAAAGAAUAAUUCUAAGAAUCCCAGGUUUUCUUAUUUCGGUGUUCUGGGAGGUAAUAAUAACGGUCGCAGUAAUCUUCUGACCAAAUUCAAUCAUACGAAUGACGAUGAAAGUCGCCGAAGUGAAUCGAUUAACAGAGGUUUAUCCACGGAACCGUUAUGGACACCGAAACAAGGGUGCAUUAAUGAUCCAGUCUUGAAUCUAAGUCAACCAAGAAAUAAUUCCAUACUUUGCCCUAUAUGUAACGUACCUAUGACUGUAGAAAAUAUAUAUGCACAUAUAGACUCAUGCCUAAUAAAUAAUACAUCAUUGAUCGAUGAGAUGAACAAUAAUAUCAAUAAUAACAAUAACAAUGCAGAGUUAAUGUUGCCUAUUCGAACGUAUUCUACACCGGAACGAGAUGCUGAUGCGAUUCCUAAUAAGCGUAUAAGAUUAGAUGAUCCAUAUGAAACCAUUGAACAAGUCACUUGUCCCGUUUGUGGCAGGAUGCUGCCAUCCACGGAUAUUAAUCAGCAUCUCGAUGAAUGUCUGUUAGAAGCAGAUACAGCUCGUAAAGCUGUCAUUCCUUCCACCUCUCGUGCGUCAUACGAUGAAAGCGUAAUCAAUAUAAGCAGUUCCUUCAGUUCUGAUUUGGACGAGUCUGUACCGAUUGAGGAUUCACAACCUUCUACAAGUGCUAGCACCUGUAAAACUGACGCAACAGAUCUUGAAAAAAAAUGUUUAGUAUGCAACGUACAGAUCGCACCUGAAGUAUCGUUGAAUGAUCAUCUCGAAGAAUGCAUCGGAGCUGUUUUUAAUGAUGAUAUGAUAGUAGAUGAUAAAGAGGACGAUAAUAAUGACAUACUUGUAGAAAAUAAUGCUAUGGAAAAUAAGCAUCCUUGUCCAGUGUGUAUGCAGAUGAUAUCAGAAAAUCUUAUGAACCAGCAUUUAGAUAUGUGCCUUAAAAACGAAUAAGUGAUCUUGCGAACGAAAAAAGACAAUGAACUAUUUUACGGAUAACUGGUUUUUUUAUGUGAAUAAGUAUCUUGAUAAAUAUCUUUUCAUAUGUAAUGUUCAUUUUUUUUGCAUAUCGUGAUUUUGUAUGAGACAGAAUAAAAAAGAUGUUAUACAAAAUUAUUAGGAAAAUAAAUAUACAAUUUAAAAUGAUA